AGGUGGGACCGCGCCCGCCGCCGUUCCGGCCCGGCCCCGCCGCCAUGGAGCCCGUGCGCUGCUGGGGCCCCGCGCAGGCGGCAGCCUGGCUCCGAGGGCUGGACGCGGCGGUGCAGGGCUACCCCUUCGAGGCCUGGGGGCUCUCGGGGCCGGAGCUGCUGGGGCUGGACGCGCCGGCCCUGGAGGCACUGGGCGUGUGGCCCGUGGGACACCAGGAGCUGCUGCUGGAGGCCACGGAGCAGCUCCGUAACCUGGACACAGGGCUGGCGAGCACCAGCCUGCGGACACUGACGGAGAGGCUGCAGGAGCUGGCACAGGGCAUCCAGAGCCUGGUGGAGGGGGAGCUGCCAGCAGGGGAUGCCCCCCAGCCGCCUUCCCUCACCCUCCUGGCCCGAGUCAUCGACCUGGUCGGGGCUGCCAAGGAACUCUUCUCCUGGCUCAACAGGUACCUCUUCUCCACCCUCAACGACUUUUCGGCCAGCCGGGACAUCAUCCUGCUCUGUGCCCAGCUGGCAGAGAUGCUGCAGGCGGACCUUCCUGCUGCCGAGAGGAACAGCGGGAUCCUGCGGAUUUGCCAGCACAUCGUGGGCAUCUGCCAGAGCAUCCUGGGCUGCAGCCCCCUGGCACUGCUGGACCGCAGGGCUGUGCUGCAGCCCGUGGGGCUGGCGCUGCCCCCCUGCCCACAGGGCAGCCCCCCGCUGUCCCCCAGCACCCCAACGCUGCUCCCUGGCCUGUGGCAGAGCCCCCCAACAUCCCCUGAUGCGCCAACGCUGCCCCCCAGCCAAUGGAGCAGCCCCCCAGCAUCCCCUGACACCCCAACACCACCCUCUGAUCUCCUGGGGAGCCCCCAGCCAUCCCUCACUGCCCGACUGGGCUUUGAGAUCACCUCCACCAGCUCCUGCCUGCACUUUGUGUCUGCAACCACCUCAGAGGCCCUGGCUGCCCAUGGGGGCCACAUCCUGCCCGGAGAUGAGAUCGUGCAGGUCAACGAGCAGGUGGUGGUGGGUUGGACACCUGCCAACCUGGCGAGGAAGCUGCUGGAGAAGGGGAACAGGGUGACUUUGGUGCUGAAAAAGAUUCCCCUCGACCUGCCUGGCUCACCCCCUUCUCCCACGCAGCAGCCCCCAGGAGCAUUUUUGGAUGCUGCAAAUUCCCCUGGCACCAGGAGUGGUGAGAGCCCGGGCAGCCCUGUAUCCUUGACCUCCAGCAUUGCGGCCGACUUGGACUCGGGAGCAGACUCUGCCCCGGAUCCUGUCACUGACGAGGAGCAGGAAGAGGACGAGCGGGAUCUGAGGCUGCCCGGGGCUGUCCCAGCUGUGGAGGAGCUGCCAGGACUGUCUGGACAGGGUGCUGCUGCAGAGGAGGUGUGGGACAGUGGCACCCCCCUGGACACCCCCCUGGACACCCCCCCGAGCACCCCUGCUGUCACUGAGCCCUGUGCCACAGAGCUGAGCCCCAGGGCAGCCCCCACCACGGGGGCUGGGGGAGCAGAGCCCAGCCAGCUCCCUGGGAAGGGCAGCCCCCGCACGGAACGACCCAAAGGAGUGGCCACCAGGCUGAGCCGCCGGCGGGUCUCGUGCCGGGACCUGGGCCGGGUGGACUGCGAUGGGUGGCUGCUCAAGAAGAAGGACCACGUGGGGUUCAUGGCCCAGAAGUGGAAGCGGUGCUGGCUGGUGCUCAAGGGCCACACACUCUACUGGUACAACCACCCCAAUGAUGAGAGGGCUGCAGGACUCAUCAACGUGGCCACCUACAGCCUGGAGAGCACCAGGGAGCAGAAGAAGAAAUAUGUGUUCCAGCUGUGCCACCAGACGUACAAGCCCUUUGUUUUUGCUGCUGAAACCUUGGCUGACCUGAGCAUGUGGGUCAGUCGCCUGGUAGCAGCCAAAACAAAGUACACACUGGCCCACCAGGCAGUGCCAGACAAGGAAGAAGACUGCUAUAGUGAGACAGAAGCUGAGGACCCUGAUGAUGAGUCCCCCAGGCAUGGAUCCGACUCGCCAAGGAAGAAGCUGCAGAACACCCCAGAGAAGGCUCAGCUCUCCCCAGCCAGCAGUGCAGCCAGCAGCCCCCAGGGCAGCCCCCGGCCCUGCUCCCCCAUGGACCCCACAGGGGAGGAUCUGGAGAGCCUGAUGCUGUGCCUGAGGCAGGGCGGGGUGUCCCUCACGGGGCAGCGGCGCUUCCUGACGCAGGAGCAGUGCCGCAAAUCCUUCCUGCGGCGCAACAAGAACCCGCACAUCAACGAGAGGGUGCACGCCGUGCGGGCCCUGCAGAGCACGCUCAAGGCGAAGCUGGUGGAGCUGCAGGCCCUGGAGCAGCUGCUGGGAGAGGCCGCGCUCACCUCGGACACCUUCAGGCGCUGGAAGGAGGAGCACCAGGAGCUGUACCAGGAGCUGCGGGAGGGCUGGGCAGGGCAGCAGGCCCAGGGGGAGGCUGGAGAGCAGCACAGCCCCCAGGGAGAGGCAGCUGAGCCCUGAUAUCCUGCCCACAGGACUUGGAGUGUGGUGGGUGCUCUGUGCUGGCGGGGCCUGGACACAUUUUGGAAGGCUCAGCCCCCAGAGGGGCCAUCCCGCAGGGGAAGUGGCUUCUGUGAUAGUCUUAAUUUUUCCUAGUUUGCCUUGCCUUGGCUGCGGGAUGGCAAGGGGGAUAUUUUUCAGUCCCCGCUGUGGUGCGGCCCUGGCACGGGCUCUUCUGCUGUAAAUAAAUGUGUUGACAAGG